CUCCCUCCCACAAUUUCAUUUGCAUUUCGUUGACAACAGAAUAAAGAAGCUCGCAUCCAUUCGUUUUGAGCGAUUGUGAUUGAGAAAAGAUUGCAACAUAAGAUUUUUGCAUAUCUUAUCGCUUUUCGCAUUGUGUUAAUUUGGUGCUCAGUUAUUUUAUUCUUGAGUAGUUUUUGCUGCCUCGCCUAAACUUUUUGUCGAACGAAAUGUCCGAAGCGCAGAUAUGCGACAUCAGCCCCGAGGCCAAAGAGGAGAUUAACAAAUUCCGAUUCCGUCGCGAUGCAACCAACACCGCCUUGAUUUUGAAAAUCGAUCGCGAGAAGCAACUGGUAACCGUUGACGAGCUGCUGGACGACGUCACGGUCGAGGACCUUCAGGAACAGCUGCCGAGCCACCAGCCAAGGUACAUCAUCUACAGCUACAAAAUGGUGCACGAUGAUUCGCGUGUUUCCUACCCGAUGUGUUUCAUAUUCUACACGCCCCGGGACAGCCAGAUGGAAUUGUGCAUGCUGUACGCCAAAACACGAAUGGCCUUGCAGCGGGAGGCAGACCUCAGCCGGUACUACGAGAUCCGUGAGUUGGAUGACAUGACCGAGGAUUGGCUUAAGGAGAAACUCAAAUAAACCGAACGAUAUUAUAUUCCUAAACUGCCAAAAGUCACCAAUUGCGCUAUAUUUUUGUAGGACUCUGGCUCUGCUUUGAUUCAUUUGAUCGAAAAAAAGACCAAUUUUGAAAGCGGCGCAGGCACGCUAACUUGUAGGGGUCGCAACAUUUAUAACUUUUGAAUAUUACAAUCAUAGAAAGGUUAAUGUAUCCCAGAAAUCAAUAGUAGUAGUAUGUUAUCUUUGCCUGAUUUGAUCAUCGUUUGGUAACAAAGCAAUACUAUUAAGAGGUUAGUUAUAGGAUACUUGAUGGAUUUUCUAAAUGAAAACCUUAUAUUAUAUUCUACAAUCACAUUGCAAAAAGUAAUGUAAAUGGAUGACUUUUAUCUAACUCCUCGAGGCAUCAUGAAAUCCAAAGAAUUCUAUUGAACACAUUUUCUUUCCUAUUCUAUUAAGAAUUCAUAUUUUGCAUAAAGAUUAUAUUAAAAUCAAUCGAAUUUAUUACCAGCUUGCGUACUUUUCUAUUAAUAUAAAUGAAAAAAAAAACACACACACAAUUUCCCUAUGAAAAGACAGGAUUCACAUUAUCCUAUUAUUGGCAAACUCUGGUGAUAGGCUUUCCAUAGAGAUACACAAAUAAAAUGUAUGCUAAAUAAAGACAAAAUCUAGCUGUAGGAAUUUAUGAAGCCAAGAUUUGAGCAUUUACUACGAACGAUGAAAAAGUACAACGUGAAACAUAUACAUAAUAGAUAAGUGUGAUUUUUUUAAAUGCGAAGCAACAUAUUAUCGUCUAACCAGAAUAGCAAUCGUAUACAACAGCAAUGAAUAAAGGCUACAUGAUUAUAUAAAACAAAGCAAAAAAAAAAAAUUUUUAGUUUACAACGACAUACCUACCAUCAAUAUUCAUAUCUUUAUUUUGAUCUGAUAACCAUUUGAUAUUUCUAGAAUUUUCUUCAAAGGUAUAGGUACUUUUCUAUCGAUUAAAAACUACCUACACAACUUUCCAAAAAGAUACAGAAAACGGUCAAAUGAAAAUUUCGAAGGGCAUCUUCUCGAAAACAGUAUGAGUGCAAAAAUAAUCAAUUUUGAGUUAUAACUUCUAUAAGUAUACUUCCUCCAACUAUUUAUUUUAUUUUAUCAAAUCGAUCAAAAAUUAAAACUUUUCAAAUAAUAUGGGAAAUUGCGCAAU